CACCAGGUGCACCAGAGGGCGCCCUGGCAGCUUUCCUCUGUUUCUGCUUCGCUCGCCUUUGUUGUUCUGGUCGCGGUUUCUCAUGGAGCCAGCCUCUACGGUUCGUGUGUGAUUUGCGGUGGUUUACAGAGAGCGAGCAUCGCGGGUAACGGUUGUCAACAAGCUGCCAGGUGAGCAGAAAGGUGUGUCAAACAGGAAUUUCCGUCGAAAAUAAAACCAGCAUUAUAACCAGUAAGCGCCCGAGGCGUCUACACCCAGAUAAAUCGCAUUAAAUCUAUGUCCACCGACUCCACGCGUGACACCCUGCUGGUAGAAUCGGGAUUUCUAGAUGUUACCUCUGAGGAGAACUCCUCAUUGGGACGAAUCCGAUCAGAUAAGUCUCUGCUACGCUCGGCUGUUUCCAUGGCAGCCGUGAAGCAGAGGGGGGGGCUCAGAAACGGAGCCAAAGCCGUUAACGGGACCGGCGACCCUCCACCAGGAUCCACUGAAUCCACGGGCACUGAGGCGGGGAAAGAUGGAGUUUAUCCACCACAGGGGGAUCAGCAGGAGGGGGACGAUGAGUCGGAGGACAGCGAUGUGUCCGAGGUGUUUGAGGAAGACGACUUUGAUGAGGAGGAAGAUGAAGAGGACGAGGAGGAUUUAAGCAACGAGCAGAGUAAUUCUGGUGACUACCGCUGCAGUGUCUGUGGCCUCCAACUGCCCUCCAAGUUUAAGCUCCAGGACCACAUGAACCUGCACACAGGAGCACGUCCGUACUGCUGCGCCGAAUGUGGAAAGCGCUUCUGUCAGAUCUACAACUACCGGCUCCACCUGCGCACGCACGCCAAGUCCAAGGUGGCGCGGCACUGGUGUCGCAUCUGUCUGACUGGCUUCACCUCUCAGGAGGACCUGAAGCGCCACCUGUCCAGAACACACUUUGAGGAGGAGUUUUACGAGUGUGACCUCUGCAAACGCGUGUUUGCCUCGCUGAAGGAGUGCGAGAACCACGUGCAGUUGCACAAGUGCAUGGUGAACAUCAUAUGCGAAACGUGCCGCCGCAGCUUCCGCACAGAAAAAUCCCUGGCACGACAUAGGAAAAAGGGGUGCCUUCGCACCUUUAAGUGCAUCGACUGUGGGGAAACCUUUCUCAAAAAGAACAUUCUGCUGAAGCACAGCUUCUCCCACCUCGGUUUGCUGCCUUACACCUGCAUACGCUGCCGCUGCCACUUCCGCCUAGCCAAGCUGUACCGGCAACAUAAGUGUGACCCUAAGCGCAUCCACUGUGUUGCAUGCCUGAGAGAGUUCUCCAGUCAGGAGGACUUCCAACGGCACAAAAAAGACACAGGCUGCUGGGGCAAUCAGGAAGUCAACCAGAAAAUAGAUGAAAUCCGUUGCUUGGAGUGCGGCCAGAGGUUUGACACUUCAGACGAGCUGAAGAAGCAUGCGGGUGCUCACCAGAGGGUGCUGAAGUGUGCAGAGUGCGGAAAGGGCUUCCGCUCUGCAUUGCUGUUGAUGUCUCACAUGGGCGGUCAUGCCGGGCAGUCGCCCUGCUUCUGUCAGAGCUGUGGGCUGGGCUUCCCUCACCAGCAAAACUACGACAUCCACCUCAAAACCUGCGGGCAGACUCCCCCGCCUUCAAGUAUUCCUAAGAAGCAUCACACCUCAAAGAGCUCUGUUCUAGAGAAAAAGAAACUUCUAAAGAAAGUUGCAAAAACAACCUCUGUAGCCAACAAAGACCCACAACAGCAGGGUCCCAGUAGCCUAAGACCACACAGCACAGCGUCGACCGAGUCCGGACAGUCAGAGGGAACGUGGACCCUAACUCUGGAAGACAAGACACCUGCCUGUAUGAAUCUGGUCGUUUUUCUUCCUGUCUGUCCAACACAAACCGAUGGGCUACGGCUCCCAUCCAGCGUCCCUCAGACACUACCAGUCGGCGCCAUGCAAGCUCUGCCUCAAGGGCCUCCAUCUUUACUGUCAAGCAGUGAACUGCUGGGUGUGAAUGCUGCUGUUGAAUCUUCACUGAACCCAUCCCUGGAGUUAGUAACAGGUUUUACUUCGCAGGACAGAGAAACGCCUUUGGAUCUGUCCAAAAGGCCAAACUCACCCAAAUGCACUGAGUCAGACAUUCCUCAUCUUUCCGUUAAAAGUGAGCCGAGUGAAUUUGAAAUCUCUGGGCACGGCAACGAUUUGGAAAAGCAAAGGAAAAGUUGCGUAACAGACAGACGAUUGGACCUGUGUAGUGAAGCAAAGAGAUGUAAAAUGGAACCCACGGUUCUCCCUCUUAGUACCUACACAGCAUCAUCUCCUCUUACUGUGGGCAUAAAGAAAGCUCCUCACUCUCCUGAUGCAGGUGUGGACGUGUGGUCCUCCUCGUGCAGCCAGCUGACGGACUGUAAUCCAGAGAAAAGCAUUAAGAUUGAAAUGGAUGUUUAAAGCUCUGGUUAGCCUAAUGCAUCAGAGGAACACUAUAACUUGCAAUAAUGCUCAAACUAUAAACAGCACUUGAAUUAUAUUCCUAGUCAUAAUAAAUAUUGUGUGUACAUAAAGUAUCAAGUGAAACAUGCAACGUAUUUCUUAUUGUUUUAUUUUUCAAUAGGAUUUCUUCUGUUUGUUGGGAUUUAGGACAUAAUAGCAAUAAAUGAGAGAAACUGUGACCUAAGCUAAAACAGUUUGCUUCUAAAAAUCAAGAAGACAUUCCACAUUUGAAUAUGUGUUGUGGCCCAGAUGGAGUGAAUAAGCCUAUGCAGCAGAGUUGUGCUGGA